UUACUUGUUUUCUAACCUUCUAGGAACUCGUAAAGAAAGCAAAUUUCUUGCAAUUGAAGCUACCUUUAAUGUUUGUGCUUCUCUUUUUAAUUUCUUCUCUGUCAAAUUAAAAACACAUUUGGACAACUUUAUUUGAUGUACAGAUUGAGAAGAAACGCUAGAACAAGUACGGUCUCUUUUUUUGCUUAAAUGGGUCGCGAAUCUCUGGCUGUUGUGUCCUCGCCGCCAUCGGCAACUGCGCCGAGUACUGCUGUGUCGGCGACCUCGCUUGCUCCUGGCUUUCGAUUUCAUCCGACUGAUGAGGAACUCGUGAGCUAUUACUUGAAGAGGAAGGUUCUGGGCAAACCUGUACGCUUCGAUGCGAUUGGAGAGGUCGAUAUCUACAAGCAUGAGCCCUGGGAUUUAGCAGUGUUUUCCAAGUUGAAAACUCGGGACCAAGAAUGGUACUUCUUUAGCGCGUUAGAUAAGAAGUACGGUAAUGGUGCUAGGAUGAAUCGAGCAACUAACAAAGGGUACUGGAAAGCAACUGGAAAAGACAGAGAAAUCCGCCGGGAUAUUCAGUUGCUCGGUAUGAAAAAGACGCUUGUUUUCCACAGCGGGCGUGCUCCAGACGGGCUUCGGACUAAUUGGGUGAUGCACGAGUAUCGACUUGUGGAAUAUGAAACUGAAACUAACGGAAGCCUGCUGCAGGAUGCAUAUGUGUUGUGCAGAGUGUUUCACAAGAAUAACAUUGGGCCACCGAGUGGGAACAGAUAUGCGCCAUUCAUGGAAGAAGAAUGGGCUGAUGGUGGAGGAGCUCUGAUUCCAGGAAUAGACGUUAGGGUCAGGGUAGAGGCUCUACCACAAGCCAAUGGAAACAACCAGAUGGACCAGUGGGCUGAGUUACUUAAACUGCACAAUUCCAUUAAGUUUGCUAUCAACUCUUGUAGAAUUCAGCUCAACCUUACAGCUUUAUCUAAUGAAUGGUCAUCAACUAGAGAAAGACUUAUUGUGUUUUGGUUAAUCUGCAAAGAAAUCCAUUCAACAAGCAAGGAUCUCAUUAACAUCAACGAGCUACCGAGAGAUGCUACUCCAAUGGACAUCGAACCUAACCAACAGAAUCAUCAUGAGAGCGCCUUCAAGCCACAGGAGAAUAACAACCAUAGCGGUUAUGAAGAAGAUGAGGAAACACUCAAACGCGAGCACGCAGAAGAAGAUGAGCGUCCUCCUCCACUCUCCAUUCUCAACAAAGAAGCUCCACUACCUCUCCUCCAAUACAAACGUAGACGCCAAAACGAAUCCAACAACAACUCAAGCAGGAGCACACAGGACCAUUGUUCGUCGUCCACAAUAACAACCGUCGACAAUACAACCACCUUAAUCUCAUCAUCAUCUGCUGCUGCUGCCACCAACACUGCCAUCUCUGCAUUGCUUGAGUUCUCACUUAUGGGCAUCUCCGAAAAGAAAGAAAACCAGCAGCAACCGCUUAGUCCUCACAAGGAAGCUUCUCCUCCUAGUCCAAUUGCAUCUCCUGAAGAGAAGGUUGAUGAUCUCCAGAAAGAGAUUCACCAGAUGUCUGUUGAAAGAGAAACUUUCAAGCUUGAGAUGAUGAGUGCAGAGGCUAUGAUCAGCAUUCUCCAGUCAAGGAUCGAUGCACUGCGUCAGGAGAACGAGGAACUUAAGAAGAAGAACGCCAGUGGACAAGCUAGUUAAACCACACUACCAUCUCUCCAGGUUUCUUCUUCUUCUUCUUUGCCUUUUAGCUGUAAUCUUCCUAAUAGUAUGAGCUAUGGAUGUAGCUUGUUCAGACAGAUCAGAAACCAUAUGAAUCUCUGUUGUAAAAUUAGGAUAAAACGGAACGGAGUCACCCAGCAGGGUCUUUAUUGAUCCUUUUUUUAUUUCAUGUUUCUGCAUCUUUUGGGAACAAUUUCAGGCUGAUCCAUUGUCAUAUACUAUUAUCAUCUAUCUAUCUUGUCUUUUUCAGACAAGAACUCUCUUU